UGUUGAGGACGUUGCAAUUAGCUGAUGUCGUUGAAACAGGCCGAUAUCUGGGCGGAAUAUCUCACAAUGGAGCUCGACAUGAAUUACUUUCCAGAGGCCGAGCUUAUCUUCAAUAGGUCGCUCAUGUCAACACCAAAUGUUAAUCUGUGGACCAAGUAUCUGGACUACAUCCGUCGGAGAAACGACCUCAAUGAUAGCACCGGCAAUGCUCGCCAGACUGUCUCCCGCGCCUAUGAAUUCGUGAUUGACAACAUUGGCCUGGACAAGGAUUCUGGCAAGAUAUGGGCCGAGUACAUCCAGUUUCUCAAAUUUGGACCCGGCACAGUCGGGGGAAGCCAGUGGCAAGACCAGCAGAAGAUGGACCAGCUGCGCAAGGCGUACCAGCGGGCGAUUUGUGUGCCGAUUAGCAACGUCAAUACCCUGUGGAAGGAAUACGACCAGUUCGAGAUGGGGCUCAACAAGCUGACCGGCCGCAAGUACUUGGCCGAGAAGUCGGCAUCGUACAUGUCCGCCAAGAGCGCGUACACGGCCCUCGAGAACAUCACUCGGGGCCUGCAACGCACUACUCUCCCCCGCCUCCCGCCCGCUCCUGGCUUUGACGGCGAUCAGGAGUACAUGGAGCAGGUCGAGAUCUGGAAGAAGUGGAUCGCUUGGGAGAAGUCGGACCCUCUCGAUCUCAAGGACGACAAGGAGCAACCGGGUCUCUACCAAAAGCGCAUUCUCUAUGUCUAUAACCAGGCUCUCAUGGCUCUCCGGUUCUGGCCCGAGAUGUGGGUUGAUGCCGCUCAAUGGUGCUUCGACAAUAACAUCACGUCCAAGGACGGGAGCCCCACCGGACUCGACUUCCUCACCAGGGGUAUUGAGGCAAACCCCGAAAGUGUUCUGCUCGCUCUGAAGCAUGCCGACUACAUCGAGUCUACCUAUCCAAUCGAGGAGACCGACGAGUCAAAGAUUGCUCGCGGCAAGGCCGUUCGCGCUCCCUACGACAAAGUCUUGGACACGCUCUAUGGCAUCAUCAAGCGCCUCAAGGAACGCGAGGCCGCGGAAAUUGCCCGCAUCGAAGAGGCUGCCAAGUCGGCUGGCGAAAACACCACCAACAACAAGUCUGACGACGAUGACGAGGAUGAGGAUGACGCCGGAUCCUCGGACAAGGCCCCGAAGAAUAGCAAGGUAAGCGACCAACUUCGAGCUAUCAAGCAGGGGUUCGCUGCGCAGACUCAGCUGCUCUCACGGACCAUCUCCUUUGUCUGGAUCGCCUUGAUUCGCGCGAUGCGCCGUAUCCAGGGCAAGGGAAAGCCCAACACGGAGCUCGGCGGCAUGCGGCAGGCUUUCCAAGAUGCGCGCCAUCGUGGCCGUCUUACCAGCGACGUAUAUGCUGCAGUUGCCCAACUGGAGUGGACCAUCUACAAGGACCCGGCGGGAGGCAAAAUCUUUGACCGAGGUGCCAAACUGUUUCCCGAAGAUGAGAAUUUCGCAUUGGAGAACAUCAAGUACCUCCAUUCCCGUGAUGACACCACCAAUGCUCGCGUGCUGUUCGAAACUGUCGUCAACCGCCUGACCCAGAAGCCUGAGCUUGUGCAUAAGGCUAAACCUCUCUAUGCCUACUUUCACAAGUAUGAAUCGCAGUUCGGAGAGCUGUCUCAGAUCGCGAAGUUGGAGAAGCGCAUGGCAGAGCUCUUCCCCGAGGACCCGAAGCUGGCUCACUUCAGUGCGCGGUAUUCGACCGACAAGUUCGACCCGAUCGCCGCUAGGAUCAUUGUGUCGCCCAUGACGCAACUCAGGCCCAAACAGUUGAUACCUUCGAUCGAGAAAGGCGCCUCCGCUCAGGACUCCCCUCGUCCACCGCCUCUCGCGUCGCGCGCGAGUCCCGCGUCUCACACAUUACCUGCGACAAAUUCCCCAAAGCGACCUUUGCCCGCUGACGAUUUCGAAGAGCCCCCACGCAAGAUUCAGCGCAACGAUUUCAGCGAGUUCCAGCGCGGCGCGUCGCCGCUUAAAGGUGCUGCCGGCCGCCGCCUGGACCAGCAGCGCCGUCUGCAGGGCCAAGGCGCUGCCUCAUAUGCCGCUGCGCCAGCUCCGAUUGCUCGGGACAUCACCUUCCUCCUGAGCCAGAUCCCUCGGGCGGACCUCUACGACUUUCAACGCUUCAACCCUGCAAAGAUGACCAACCUCCUGCGAGACACUCCGGUCCCCGAGUAUACGGCUUGGAAGAGCAUGCGUCAAUCGUCGGAGCAUACCGGUCAGUAUGGUGGCUACCAGAGCCGCGACUCGCCUGCUCCCGUCGGUCGACCUCAUAGCCCCUACGUCGGAGGAGACGGAGGCCGCGGGCGCAUGCCGCCCGCGUCCGCCGUCCCCUACAGACAGGGCUCUAACCGACCCGGGUCUAGCGGUUCAUACGAACCACCACCAGCUGUAUACGCUCCAGGCCACCCUCCCCUUCCCCCUCAGGCAGGGUAUGCGCCUCCGCCACCCGUUCAAUACGAUGGUGCAGCCGGGGCUGCUUGGCCGCCUUACCCGCCUCCGCCUGCCGCGCAACAGGGUUAUGGUGGUCCUCCGCCGCCUCACUUGUACGGCCAAGCUCCGCCGCCCCCAGCUCAGGGAGGUUAUCCGCGGUAUCCGCCUCAUCCUUACUAGGAGUAUCCGCCGCAUCCAUAGCCGGCCAGGAUGCAGUGUCUUCGUCCAUACGAAGUUCAUGGAGACGGCCUGCGUCUGGGGUGGGACCGUUAUACCUUUUGUUGGAUUCAGGCUGACGCAAAAAAGAGGGAGG